AAACCUCGCCAGGUGUCCAUGAUUGCUGUCGCCGGAACCAUAGGCACCGGUCUUUUCCUCGGGUCUGGUGCUGCAUUGGUGAACGGCGGCCCCGUGGGUUUCUUCCUUGGUUAUACUAUUGUUGGCUGCUUGGUGGGCAUGAUGAUGUACUGCCUUGGCGAAAUGACCGUUUUUGCUCCAAACAUUGGCGGUUUCAUCGAGAUGGGCAACAAAUACAUCGCUCCCGAAGCAGGGUUCAUGAUGGGUAUCAACUACAUUUUACAGACCGGCCUGGCCAUUCCCGCGGAGAUUACGGCCACCGCCGUCAUGAUAAGCUACUGGGACCAUGUCCAGAAUCACGUAUCGGCGUAUAUCGCGACCUUUCUUAUCCUUAGUAUCGGCAUCAACCUCCUCGGCGUCAAAUACUUUGGCGAGAUUGAGUUUGUGUUUGCUUGCAUGAAGGUAUUAAUGCUCGUUGCUCUCAUCUUGUUCGGCCUAAUUGCCGAUGUCGGUGGUAUUAAUGGCGUAUACACGGGUGGCCGCUACUGGAGAGAUGAGCCAUUCAAUGAUUCGUUUGCAAACUUGUCACCAGUCUCCCUCUCACGCUUCCUCGGAUUUUGGAAAGUCCUUACCCAAGCUGCUUUUGCGUUUGGUGGUAUCGAGGGUAUUAGUGUACUAGCCGGAGAGGCCCACAACCCCAGGAAGACAAUGAGAAUGGCUGUCAGAACAGUCUUUUACAGAAUUGUUGGGCUGUACCUCCUGACCGUAUUGAUGAUCUCCCUCAAUGUCAGCCAACAUUCGUCAGCGCUGCUCAGCGCAGUCGCUCAAGGCGGUUCUACUGCAGCGUCAUCACCUUUCGUCGUCAUAUGUCAGCAAACUGGCGUCAAAGUCCUCCCCAGUGUAAUAAAUGCUGUGGUUAUGACCUCUGCGUUUUCGUCAUGCAACGAAAACGUCUUCGCCGUAGCAAGAACGUUGCUAGCGCUAUCUCGUCAAAAAUCUAUGCCCCAGUGCUUUCUGAAGACAAGCCGUUUCGGCACACCCUUUUGGGGAGUUGUUGUGUCUUUCUGUUUUGGGCUGUUGGCUUUCCUCUCUGUCUCCAAUGGCUCUGCUCAGGCUUUCAUAUGGCUCUCAAAUUUGUCAGGUGAGCACAGUUUGGUUGCAUGGAUAUCUAUCUGUGCCUGCUUCGUCAGAUUUUAUCGCGCCCUGGAAGUUCAGGGUAUUGAUAGAAGGAACCUCGAUCUUCGAGGGUGGUUCCAGCCAUACAUGGCUUGGAUUUGCAUCUUUUUCUUUUCUGUUAUCCUAUUCUUUAACGGAUUCCAGGCUUUCAUUCAUAAGUUCUCUGUAUCCGGCUUUUUUGCUUCCUACAUAACACUGCCAGUGAUUGCCUUGGCAUUCUUUGGGUUUCGACUCUACUUAUGGCGGACUGGGAAGGUAUACGGCUUGACUAAUCUCACUGAGAUUAAUCUUGGCAAUGGGCCAGCCAAGGCUCUGCGUGGUACUCGGUAUGAUCUUGGGUCAUCAUGA